AUGGCCACGACGGACACCUCCUACGAAGGCGAAAAUGCUAUGUACGGACCGUUCUUCGGAAGUCUCGGGGUGACCUCUGCCAUGGCUUUCGCCGCCGCCGGAUCAGCUUACGGAACUGCCAAGGCAGGCACGGGAAUUGCUUCGAUGGCCGUUGCCCGACCGGACCUCGUCAUGAAGGCCAUUAUUCCAGUCGUUAUGGCCGGAAUCGUCGCCAUCUACGGUCUUGUCGUCGCCGUCAUUGUGUCAGGAAAGGUUGAGGCAGGAGGUCAGAACUACACCAUCAAUUCUGGAUUCUCCCAAUUUGCCGGAGGACUCGUGUGCGGAAUCUGUGGACUCGGAGCUGGAUACGCCAUCGGAAUCGCCGGAGACGCGGGAGUGAGGGCCCUCUCACAGCAACCGCGCAUGUUUGUCGGAAUGAUCUUGAUUCUCAUUUUCGCCGAAGUCUUGGGUCUCUACGGUAUGAUCGUCGCCCUUAUCUUGGCUGCCACCUAA